AUGGGUGGGAUUUUGUAUGAGUGCACACAGGGAUACGGGAGUGGGGGAGGGAGCGGCGAGGCCUCCCCGGAGGAGGAUGGUCCCCUCGGUGGGGCUGCAGCUGCUGAGCCCACCCUAUACUCCGUCGAUUCUUUUGCCUCAAACUAUGACAGAGAUGACAGAGAAAGCUCCUCUUAAGAAGCAGCACCGGAAGAAAAACCGUGAGACUCACAAUGCAGGGAGCAUCUGUAUGAAGAAUUAUGGUAGAUCCCAGAGCCUCUCCUUAUUCUGAAGAGGAAUUCAGGGAAUUGAUUCAUUCUCUAGCUCCUUUUUCCACUGCAUCAACUCCACAAUCAUGAACUCAUCUUCAGCUGACCAUGUUUCUCAUUUGGAAGGAACUUUAAUAUUGGUGGAAUCCAGAUGAUUCUUUUAAUGGAGCGGCAUCGAAAAAAGAAAAUCAAUGCUGGUAUAAACAGAAUUGGUGAGCUAAUUCCAUGUUCUCCUGCACUGAAACAGAGUAAGAACAUGAUUCUGGAUCAAGCAUACAAAUACAUAACAGAAAUGAAAAAGCAAAAUGAUGAACUCCUGUUGAAUGGAGGAAACAAUGAACAAGCUGAAGAAAUAAAAAAACUCCGGAAGCAAUUGGAUGAACUCCAGAAAGAAAAUGGGCGCUACAUAGCAUUGUUGAAAGCUAAUGACAUUUGCCUUUAUGAUGACCCUACCAUCCAUUGGAAAGGGAAUCUUAAAAAUUCAAACGUUUCUAUUGUAAUUCCGAAUGAUCAGACACACAAGAAGAAAGAAAAUCUGAAGAAUACAAAUAUUUCUGUUGUUAUCCCCAAUGAUCAACUGCAAAAGAAUAUCAUUGUAUAUUCCAAUGGCAGCCAGUUUGGUGGAAGUAACCAGGGGCCAUCAGUCCAAGGAAUAACUUUUAAUAUAGGACAUAAUUUACAGAAACAGACAGCUAACGUUGUUCCUGUCCAGAGGACUUGCAACACUCCUGCAACCAUUUCUAGUAUUUAUUCAACAGCAAUCAAAUCAGGUAUUCAAACUUCAGUUUCAUCAUUAGUAUCAGGCCUACCAAAUACAGACAAAAAAACUCUUGAGCAAUCUACCUCUGAGGACAAGCAAGGCACAUCUACCUGUACAAGUGCUGCCAGUUCUGUGAAUACCUCGCAGCUAGUAAGACUGCAGAGUGGAAAACAAAUUUCAUCACAAGAUGAGAAUGACAUCUCCAAAUCUAAAAAUAAACAAGGGAGUUUGAAGCUGAUUGAGGAAACAAGUGUACCAAGCCCCAGCCUUUCUUCCAGUGUUAGUAUAGAUGUGCUUCAUUGUCAACAAGAAAAUAUACCAACAGAAGUGGGUUCAAGAAGUGGGUCUCUAGGAAGCUGUGUAAUUUCUGCCGCUGACCCAGCCUGUGCUGCAUCUAUUGGAAAGGCAUCCACAGGAAAGGUCUUCAAAAGCCUAGAUGAUAGAGCUCCAGAAGAAACCCCAAAGGCUGUAACAGAAUUGAAUAUAGCGCCUGCUACUACUGUAGAGAAAUGGUCUUUUCCCAGUUCUUCAGGUGUUGGCAUUCCAGAAUCAAAAAGCAUUGGUAAUCUUAUGAGAAUCACUUCAGCUGGAAAUACCCAGACCACCUGGACUACACUGCAGCUAGCUGGAAGCACUGUUCAGCCUCUAAAUCAUACUCCAUCCAACAUAAUGACAGCCCUUUUAAAUGAGCCAAUUAAUGGUGCUAGUAUUAUAGCUUCCACUCCAAACAAGAUUCUGGCCAAUGCCGCUGGUUUAAAUAACCCCCUAAUUCCAGAUGAACACCCAGUUGACCAAUUGGUUGUUGGCUUGCCUUCCUAUCCAUCUUUACCUAUUCAGCCACUAAUUAGUAAGACACAACCUAGAGCACAAAUAGCAAGCAGCCUCCUUCCCGUGAAUCCAGCCAUGCAAGUGAUUCAGGUGUCUCAGCCAAUAACCUCCCCUAUCAAUACAUCACCUAUUAAUCAGAACAUUGUAAUUCUCCAGCCUCCUAAUGCUAAUUCCUGUCCUCCAGUGCUGAGAGCUGAACUCCCAAAUCAGACUGUUAGCCAACAGAUUGUAAUAAUACAAACUGCUAAUCCAAAUCCUCUCUCUUUUUUCUCAACACCACCAGUUGUUAAAAUGCCUGUGAAUGGAACAAAUUCUGGCAAUCUUAUACAAAGUGCCUCUGGCCCUCAUAUGUUUGGUGGGAAACAUCUUGUUCAUAUUUUACCAAGACCCUCCUCUUCAACAUCUUCUUGCCUGACACAAACAUUUUCUGUUUCAAUGUCUAACCAAAAGCUUCCACAAACCAUUUCUUUAAAUGGACAGUUGUUUGCAUUAAAGCCUAUGAAAUCCUGUUCUGGAGAUUCAGAUCAAACCCCUAUGCAAAUUAUUCAGCCUACCACCAGUGAAGAUCCAAAUACCAACAUUGCCCUCAAUGCAUUUGGUGCUUUAGCUAACCUCAAUCAAAGCAUAUCACAGAUGGCUGGCCAAAGCUGUCAACAAGUGUCUGGCAAUCCAUCUACCAACCCCAAAACUGUUAGUAGCCAAACCACACCAAUAUCUCCUGCUUUGCUAACAGUGACAGUACCUUCCUCUUCAGCUGCUGAGAGUUCUCGAUUAACCUGUACUUCAACUUCACUAGACAUUUCUCCCCCCAAAGCUGCUAGUUCGGGUUCAAAAUGGUCUAAUAAAAAUGCAGGUACUAAGAAAACCUCAGUAGCCAGCAACAGCCUUGCAUGUCAAGUAGAUCCUGAGAAAGAAUGCAAAAAAAUUGAUAGAAAUAUGACAACUGCAUCUGAACAUUCAGGAAGUGACAUAUUGCUUGAAAAUAUGCCUGUUUUGCAGUGCUUAGCUGUACCACAGGCAAACUGUAGAAUAUCACAAAAUGAUAUACAUGCUUCUGAUCCUCACACCAAAGAUAGACUGAGAGCUGAACAGAACAUGGAAUCUACUCUGACACCUGAUCUGAAUGCAGCUGGAGUGCCUAGGUCAUUGUCUCUUGAAUCAUCCUUGUUGGGUCAAUUUGAGGUAGUUCCUGCAAUUUCCACAGACCGUGCUUCUCCACCUCUUCAAAUAUGUAAAUCUCAAACCAACUCAACAGCAAAUUCUAAGUUAUCAGAACUAUCCAAAUGUAUAUCCACCAGUCCUUUACUACCCUCUUCUUCAGAUUCUCCAGUGACAAUUUCUCAAAUUUCUGAGACGUCAGUUUCAAAUAGAGAAACAAAUACAGAGAAUGUUCCCAGAACAGAAGUCUCAGAGAUCUGCAGGAUGGAACAAAAUUGUUCCAUUGUAAUGCAGGCCUCAGAUUUAUUGGAAGAACAGGGCCUAACCAAAAUGUUUUCAGAGUUUAAUAAAGUAGGAGAUGUACAAAAAUCCUUUUCAGUAGAGCACCCCAGUUUUUGUACCCAAAGCACAAAAUCAAAUAUCAGCUCAGAUGAUAAUUUGGGAAGGAAACAAGAACUCUUGCUGAUAAAUGCUGAAGAAGAAAACCUCACACGCUCUAAUUCUUGCACCUCCGACCAGGAAGCUAUCACUGCAAAUAGGCAAGUAGAUUCCCCCAUGUCAACUAGUUCAGGUAGCAGUUGUGGGUUUUCUGUUGCAUCCAUGUUGCCAGAUACAUGUAGAGAAAAUGUUUCCAACAGCACUUUGGUGAACACACAUAGCACUUGUUCAUUUUCAGAGCAAACAGAUAUUGUAGCACUGGCUGCAAGAGCAAUUUUUGACCAAGAGACUCUUGCAAAAAAUACAGGAACAGUGUCAGGAACCUCUAUUUCCAAGGGUAGUAAAGUAACACCUCUAGGAAGAGACCAACCAUUCAAAGCUCACCCAGUGAAAAACACUAAUCAAAUGGAAACGGGGCCAAACAAUUUCAGUACCCAGAAUUCAAUGCAAAUAAACAUUGAGUUGUCUGCAGAGAAAAGUUGUUCUGUUAGACUGGAAAUGGCUGAUACAGCUUUGCAGAUUCCAACUCCACAACCCUCAAACACCUCAAGCUUGAAUGUGAAUAAUCUCAUCCAUCCAACGUGCAUCAUACAUCCUCCAGUAAGCUGCUCAGGUGUACCAUCAUCUUCAGAUCGAACAACUGUUUCUGUAUCUGGGACUCCAUCUGUCCCUGCUAAUUCAUAUAUGACUCAGUCUCCAGGACAUUCUCCAAGGUUGAUGGCAGAGUAUCCUUCAGAACAGUUAUCUGCUCUUCAGACUAGUACGAUGCAAGGUCCACAGAUAUGUGAACCCCAUUUAAAGCAGCAAAGACAAAGCCGCAAAGAAUCAGCCAAGCGUUCUGUUCAAGAUGAUCACAUGCUUUCUACAUCAAAGAGGCAGAAACAUUGCCAGACAGCUCCUCUACAGCUUGAAGACAUGGCUCUGUUGAAUCAAACAGCUGAUGAUAUUGAGGGUCAAAAUCAAAUCCGUGUGAAUCCGAUCGCCCCCAACUCAUCUAAUCUUGCAGUAUCAGUGAGUAAUCAAGGACAUACCAAUGGCCAUAGCAGGUUAUUUCAAGCCAGCAAUUUUGUGUCACCUACUUCGAGGCAAGCUGAAGUUCAAUGUAAUUCUCAUCCACCUAUCCUUGAUCAGGCAGGACAACAUCUGCAGCCUAUCCAACAUGCUCUCUCUCAGAGUAUGGCUCAUCUUCAGGCUAAUCACCCAUAUAUAAAACCGCAGCAACAGCAGGCUGGACAGCUAAGAGAAAGGCAUCAAUUGUAUCAACUUCAGCAUUAUAUUUCUCCUGCAGAAAGUUCUGUACACUCUCAAACCCAUAUUGCCCAUCAGCAAAGACUAUUGCAUCAAGAGGCACAGCUGCAGAAAAAGAGAAGUCUAAUUCAAGCCACUCAGCCCACUGCACUUACUUUACAGCAGAAGCAUCAUGGAAAUGACCAAUCACGGUCAAAGAGUAGCCAGCCACAUCCCCAUCACUCCCAGAUUCAACAAUUGCAGCAGCAUUAUCCUUCUUCCCAGCCUGAGAAGAAUUGUGAGAAUUCUGCUUUGAGUAGAACUCAUAGCCACCCACGGAGCCAUCCAAGUCAGGACAUUCUGCAUCAGCAGUCAUCAGAUGUGGGCAGCAGACAGCCAGGUUCUGGAGUUCCUUCUGAACAUGUCUCAGGACAUAGUCAGAUGCAUAGAAUGUUGAACUCUAGGGCUUUGGAGCAGCAGAUAGUGUCUCAACCUAGUAUUGUCUCUAGACCAGAUGUUCCCUGUCUCCCUCAUAGGCAAGAAAGAAAUAGAGUUAGUAGUUACUCUGCAGAGGCACUUAUUGGAAAGUCUUCAUCUAAUUCAGAACACAGGCUAGGAGUAUCCAUGCAGAGCUUCAAAGUGUCAGAUCAUCUUGAAAUGAGAAACUAUGCUGAUAUAUCCAGGAAUAAAGAACUGGUAAUUCAUAAUACACAAAGUCGUGUAUCUGUAGAUCAUCCACUUGGAUCAGACAUUCAAAGGCUCUCUGAGUGUCAGACAUUCAAGGUGAAUGCCAUUAACCAACAGCCUACAGGUAAUUUUGAUGUGCAAUCUUCAAGAAGUAAUGAAAUAAGUAACUCUCUCAGGGGUAUGCAGACACAGAGUUUUCGACUUGCCCAAAAUGCUGGACCACCAAUAGACAGACAAAAAAGGUUGUCUUAUCAACCAGUUCAAAGCAUUUCAGCAGGAAAUCCUCUCCCUCCCCAAAGAGACAAUGAGAAUACAUGCCACCAAGGAUUCAUGCAGAGUUUACUUAUUCCUCAUCUUGGAGAUCAAGCAAAUGGAAGCCAAAGACCAAUUUCAGAGCAUCAGAGAAAUCCACAGUGUGCCAGUUCCUCAAAUGUUGAUUAUAAUUGUGCCCCAGCAAGAGAAAGUAUUCAUAUUCGGAGGGAAGGUGAUGAUCAGAACAGAGAAAGUUGCGACAUGUCUCUUGGUACUAUUAAUAGUAGGAACAAUGCUUUAACUAUUCCCUUCUCAAGUUCUUCUGGAGAUAUUCAGGGCCGUAACUCAAGUCCCAAUAUUUCUAUCCAGAAAUCUAAUUCCAUGAGAAUAACAGAGAGCCAUGGAACAAAAGGUCACAUAAAUGCCUCAGCUUCUAGCAAUGUACAUGGAGCUACGCGUCUUCUUCACUAUGCACCAGUUUCUCGUGGGAAUGCUGACCAGGUUCCUCCAUCUGUUCGUCAAACCAAUUCUUCAGCCACUGAUCGAUCGAGACAUCCUUUACAGGAUAACAGUGGCUCUAAAAUUCGCCAGUCUGAAAGGAAUCGUUCUGCAAAUCAGAGGCAUGGGAAUGUGUUUGAACCUUCUCUUCCCCAAAUCCCUUUAUCCACUGGUGGAGGAAUGAUCCUUGGACGACAGCAGCCUACCCUUGAAAAAAGGGGCAGCAUUGUACGAUUCAUGCCUGAAGGGCCACAUGUCUCUCAUGACAGUACAGCUGUUGAUCAGCACACUCUGUCUCAAAAUUUUGGAUUCCCUUUUAUUCCAGAAAGUGGAAUGAAUCCCCCAGUAAAUGCUAACACUUCAUUUAUUCCACCAGUAACUCAACCCAAUGCUACCCGAACAGCAGCUCUGAUUCCAGUUGAUCCUCAAAAUACAUUGCCAUCUUUCUAUCCACCAUAUUCUCCUGCACAUCCCCCCCUGUCUAAUGACAUUUCAAUUCCUUAUUUUUCUAACCAAAUGUUUUCUAAUCCAAGUACAGAGAAGCCAAAUGGUGGAGGUUUAAACAAUCGGUUUGGUUCUAUUUUGUCACCUCCCCGACCAGUUGGUUUUGCUCAGCCAAGCUUUCCUCUUUUGACAGAUAUGCCUCCAAUGCAUGUGGCUAAUUCAUCACACUUGUCCAAUUUUAAUUUGACUUCGUUAUUCCCAGAAAUAGCUACAGCUCUUCCUUCAGAUGGAUCAGCAAUCUCACCAUUGCUCUCAAUAGCAAAUACAUCUGGUUCUGACUCUUUGAAACAAUCAUCAAAUCGGCCUGCCCAUAAUAUAAGCCAUAUUCUCGGUCAUGACUGCAGUUCAGCUGUGUGAAAAGAACGGGAAGGGGUGAAUUUUUUGGAUGCCCAUUUUUAUCUGUGUAAUGCAUAUAUACUUGUAUAGAUUUGGAUUAAUCAUUUGUAAAGAUUUAUAACAAUCACUCUGGAAUCCUUUCAUUUGCAGGUUAUUCUUGGGCUUACACAUAAACACUCAGAUUGCUUAUGCAUCUCUAAGUGCAAACUAGGUGUUAAAAAUUUAACCUGUUUCAGCAGCCUAUGAUAAUGUGACACUCUUCACCCUUCUAUUGUAACCAUCUCUUUGAAAAAUGGGACUAGGAAAACAAACUGAAGAAUUGUAUUUAUAAUCCUUGGAAAAUAAUGUUUUGCACGAUGUAUGGAGAAAAUUUAGAUCAAUUUUAAAAACUGAUAUAAGCAUCUCUUUGUUAUAAAUUAUUCAGUUUCAGUUUAAUGCCAUGCUUAGUUUCUGAUAACCUCUAUGAAACCGUAUGGAAAUCAUUGCUUCAUUUUCAAGAUUUCUAGUUAACAGGAAUAGAAAUAAUAAUGUAGUAAUUUCCUCCCAAUCAAUAUAGAAUUCAUUCUUUUUGCCACUGAUUACCAUGUGCUUUCUCAGGUAUUGGGUUGUUGUUGUUUUGUCUUUUGUUGUUUAAAACCCUCUUAGGAGAUUUCCUCCCCUCCCCUUUUUUUACAUUUAUUAUUUUAAAUUUUCUCUAAUAAUAAGAAACUAGUAAAUGUUGAUAUAUGAGGCUGCAAAAUGAACAGGAAGUUAUAGAUGUUUGUAGGCAAACUAAUUACAUAUAUAAACAUAAUUUUGUCAAGUCAAAGGAAUUAUGAUGAAAGAAUCACAUGGUAUUUAGUGGAAUGAUGGUCUUGACAGUAUGAGAAUGAAAGUGUCUCUGUCUCACACACACACGCACACGUACAUACGUACACAUGCACCCAGUUGAUUUAGCAUUCCAAAACACUGGGUCAAGCAACAAGGAAAUAUUUUUGUCAGGCUCAAAACAAUUUUAGUACACCACUUUGAUUUUUUAAACACACUAUUAUUGUUUCUAUUUGUCUCUGCACACAGCUGAUGGCAAAGUUAUGAUGGCAUCAGUACAUCACUCUCUAAGGUAUUUUGAUAAAUUGCUAAUUCUUUGUUUCUUUUAUAAGGUUCUACAAAGCCCAAUUUGAGGCAGAGACUUUACUUUUGAUAGUAGGAAUGAAGAAAGUCUUCCUACAAUGAGUGGCUAGAGAUGUUUGCUCUUAAAAGUAUUCUCCUGUAUUUCCAGGAUUUACUGGGUUAGAAUUUUUGCAGAACAUGUUAACAGAUCAAAGAGUUUAUACAAAUAGGGCUAGAUAGUGUAUAGUUUUACUUUCUUUUUCUUCCCUCUUAUGAGUUGGCUAUGCUACUGUUUACAGAAAACAAAUUCCUGCAAUCAUAUUAAAAGGAUGAAAAAAAAACCCAGAUAAAUGCAUAACAAGUAGUGCGAAUGAAACAGUCGGAAGUGAAUUGGAUAAAAAUAUAUUGACCAGCUGAGGAAAUCAGUUUCUUGAAGAAAUUUUCUAUGCAAUAAUGUGUGCUUUUAUGAUUUCUGAGAAUUAUUUUUUUUUCUGAAAAUUUAUUGGAAGCGUCUGAUGCACAGAUGAAAAAAAAUGCACGUAAAUGGCAGAGUAUUUAAUUAAUAGGAGAACCUGUAUUCCCUUUUCAUUGAGACAGCUGUUGUGCAAAGAGGGAGCCUUGAUUGAAGAAUAUGAUAUUCUGCAUAUUGGCUUGUGUAACAAUUUUUGUGACAGUAGAUUAAAAAAAGUAUUGAGACUUUCAUAUGUAUUUAUAUAAACCAAUAGUUACUUUCUGAGCAUUUAUCAGUAUUUCUUGUUAGAAUUUUUGGUAGAUGUCAGUAUAGACUAUUACUAGUAUUUUGCAAGUGCAUUUUCAUGCGGAAAUAUAUUUUCAAUAUAGCUCUUGGUAUUGCCUGCAGUGGUAAAACUGCUAUUGCAGAUAAAUUUAGUUUUGAUUAUUAAAAGGGAUUGUGAUAAGCAAAAGAGCACCAGCUCCCUAAUGAGAUUCCAUGUACUCUGCAAAUCCCUUUUUUCUUAUUUCAGGUAAUAGUGCCCUUCAGUUAAAAAUGGCAUGAAGAAAUCUUUAAAGAAUGCUUUUAACAUUUUGAAAUUAUUAAAAUAUUAAUAUUCUGUCAAUUUAUCUUAAAUUAUUUCAGGAUUCUAACUUUAAUACAAAUCUCCCAUUGUAUGAUCUCAUAAAUUCUGUGAUCUUAUCACAUUGUCUUAUUGACACUGAUCUGAUUUGAAGCUUCUCAUAUGCUAGAAAAGCUCAUAAAGCAUUGGGGACUUCUGAGAUUUAUAAAAUCCGUAAGAUGUCAAUUUUUGGAUGCGUUGAUUGAUCUUUACUUACUACUUGAUUGAUCUUUACUUACUACUAAGUUGCUAUAGGAUGCAAUAGUGGA